ACUGAGGGCUGUGGGGGGAGGACAGAGCGUGGGUAGGAGCAUGGAGGGGGGGAUGUGUCCCAGGGAGCGGUACCCCCCGUCUCCUGCCCCAUUGGGGCUCCUGGCUCUGACAAGCCACACCGCAGCCUGGGUUUCCCAUCAGAGACCUCCUUGUGCAGGGGCUCAGUCCCUGAUCCCCAGGCCAUACGUGUGUGCUCCCAGCCUCACCGGAUGACGCUCAGAGCUGGGGGAAGGAAACGUGCCCUGCGGGAGCCUCUGGCUGCCCCUGGCAACAGCAUUGUGUCCCUCUGCCGUCUGCAAUGGCCGCCCCACGUCCUGCUCCUCUGCUCCCUUCCCUUGCUGCACAGGAUCCGGACGCUGUCCCUAAGAUGUCCCUGGGUCUGGAGGAACAUCUGAGCAGGGCGUUCCAGGACAAGCUGCGGUUCCAGAAAGUGCCAACAUGGGACUCAGCAUCUCUGCUGCCCUCCAGGCGCCUGCUGCUGAAAAGGAGGGAGGUGGUGGAGGUGGAGAGAGCCCUGCAGGCCCAGCGAGAGGACUUCCAGCAGCAGAUGGACCGCCUGGCACAGCGCUGGCAGCAGCUGGGCCAGAGGGAAGAGCAGCUCCAUGAUGACACCAUCAAAUUCAACGCCUUCCUUAAGGCUAUGUCAGCAAGGCGGCAGCGGGCGCAGCAGCGGGCAGGUGAGGAGAGGGCACGGGCGGCACAACACAGAGCUGAGGCCUUGAGGCUGCAGCAGGAGCUGGAGAGGCUGCAGGGGCACAGGGAACAACUGGGACAGCGCCUGCGGAGCCUCCGUGUCUUCGGUGACUUCCUGGAGGAUGUGCGAGCGGCCAUGGGGAGGUUUCAGGACGUGCCAUCCAUGCUGGCCCAUUUCGGGGCACUGAUGGAGGCACAGGCAGUGCUGCUGCAGCAGGUGGAAGCCAGGCGGGUGAAAUUGGCCCAGGGCCGGGCUCAGCUCCAGCAGUGCUGUGAGGAGGCUGAUGGCGAGCUCACCAGUGGCAAUGAGGAGGUGCUCCAGCUCCGUGCCCGUCUGGAAGCUGCCCACCGUGAUGUGCUGAAGGGGGAGUCCCACUGGGUCCAGCUGGAAGGUGCUGCAGCCCAGAAGACGCUGCUGCUGGGGCAGAUCCGGAUGGUGGUGCUGAGCCUCUUCCAGCUCACCACCACGAGGCUAGAGGUCCCCAAGGAUGUGGCCCUGGGGGACACAGAGGCACAACUGGAUGUGGUGAGUGUGGCCCAGCAGCCACGGGGCUGGAAGGGAUGCGGAUGUCCCUGUGACACAGAGGCCCCCGUGUCCCCAGCUGCUGCUCUGCAUGCAGGACCUGGCUGCCAUCUGUGCUGAGCUGGGGCUGCAUCCUCAUGUGCCUGCCACCACUGCCACACACUCACAGCAUCACAGGGCUGUCGCUGUGCCUCCCAGCCACGAAUAGAUGGACUUAGGACACAAUGAAGCAUGGAAGUCACUCCUCAGCCAGUCCAGGGAAGAUGAAGAGAAACGCCCCAGGACAGAGCCUGGGCCACCAGCACCCUCCUGCAAGGCACCUGAACAGACAGUAGAGCAGCUGCUCAUCUUCAGGCCAUUGAUACUGAUAAAGCCUUUUCCCAUCAAAAUAUAACACAGCUGCAGUCCCUGA